GUAUGCCUGAAGCAUGUCGGCAAGGUAAAACCCCUUUAGUUACGUGCCUACUAGAGUGACAUCCAGCUAUUUUUAUUUGAAUUCCGACAGGCUACACGGCGGCGCGAGACUGGGGACAGUGCUAAUAAUCUAUGACUAGCGUUGUUGCAUACACGUAGAAGAUCGUUUACCAUAGUUCCGAGGCUACCAUAAAAAACGCAUCUUGCUGACUCGACAGCCUGACGCAAACCGGAAAUGUCUUCAUCACCAAGCACGGUCACGCCUCUGGAGCACACCGCUAUCGGAGCUCUAGGCGGCACCGUAGAAGUAUGCAUUAUGCAACCGCUCGUGGGCAUCAAGAACGCACUACAAGAGGGACGGCCCAUCCCACGGCACCCAGCGCACUUGUACCGUGGCCUGCUUAUGAACGUCGUGAGCAUGGCGCCCAUCACAGCGUCGCAGUUUGGGACGAACCGCCUGAUGCAGACGAAGGUCCUUAACAAGUCAGAAGACGAGUUGACCGGGUUGGAGAGGUUUGGGUGUGCUUCUGUAGCAGGAGCCGUGUCGGCGUUCAUUGCCUCCCCUUCGGAACUAAUUAUCAUUCAGCAGCAGAAAAGCGGGCGGUCCCUGGGCGCUGAGGCUUCUCACUUCAUGAAAGUACACGGAUCGGCAGCCAUUGUACGAGGCUUGUUGCCGGCCAUGGGUCGUGAGACGCUGUACGCCGCGGGCUACCUGGGCCUCUUCCCGAUCAUCCGGAAGGAGCUGGACGAGAAGAUGCCGGGCUCCUCCGGCCUCACCCUGGUGGCUGCCAGCAUCCUGGGGGGGGUCUUCGCAGCCGCCUGCUCGCACCCCUUCGACACCGCCAAGACGCGCAUGCAGGCGUUCAUGUACGACAAGCCCGAGUACCGCACCCUGCGCUCCACCUUUGGCGCCAUCUACAAGGAGGGCGGCAUUCCGCUCUUCUGGAAGGGCCUUUCGCCGCGUAUGCUCAGGAUUGUGUGCGCCACCCUCAUCCUCAACUCCAUGCGCACGGGCGCCGUGGAGUAUCUGGACAAGACGCGCGCGGAGGCAGCUGGCCUGGCCGCGUGAGGAGGGAGGCGGGAGGCAUGCAUCAGGGAGGAACGUUUUUAAACUCUGAGCUGGGUAUAAGAGGUGCUUCCGUUGCCGCCUGUCCGCAGCGCGAGGGAAUGUGGGUUAGCGGAGAGUUUGCUGCGCGGGGUGUUGUACAUAUGUAGGAGGUGGCGGUGGCGGACUGGCGGUAGCGCGCUGCUGACGUGUUUGCUGGUGAGGGAGGUGCAGGCGCAGGUGCUGCUUGCAUGUGUCGGACUGAGGGGGCGGUGUUUGCAGUGCAGGUAUCGGCAGGACGGGGCUGGUUCCCUACUGUCGCCGGGAGAGAGAUCGGACUGGUGAAGAAAUUGUGACUUGGAUGUGCUUGCUCUGUACUGCGGCACCCUUCAAAGGCGGUUCGGGCGCUCGGGCUUCAUUAACCUCACCGGAG